UCAGCGCGAGCCGGACCGGCUUCGCUGGCUGUGCUUGCGGAUCCUUCUGGGUUUGGUUUCCAAGGAUGCCGGCGACCUAGGUACAGCGAGACGCUCGCCAAUUGAAGAAAAAGAAAUCCUGAAAACAUUGCCAGCGUAGUUAAGGGCAGACAACACAACAAUAAAGGAUAAUUGAGGCAGCGCCCAGUUUUUAAUUUUAUUUCAUUUCCCGGAUUAAUGCUUUUGUAGGAAGUGUUGGACGUUUGCCUACGGCUUGCUAAAUCAGAGAAGUCGCAGUCUCUGCCUUGUAGCUCACAGAUAGUGACAGAUGAGUAUACAACGCUGUGUGGUCAGCGCGGCGACGGGGGAAAUAGAGGUGCUGCGGAAUGUCAGAGAAGGGGAACCCUUACAGGGCCGUGGCCGUCAUUGGGGUGUCGAGAACGGCUUCCCGAAGGGUCAGUGGGAGCAAGCGAGGUGCAGGAGAGGGGCUCUCACUAAGGGAGCAAAACGUGCAAGUCUUUGAGGCUGAGCCCCUGAAAAACUUAGUAGUAGUAGUAGGGCUGGAGCUCCUAGGUAAGGGGCUGGUGGCAAGAGAGAAUCCUAGGAAGGCUGGCAAAGGCGACUUCAGGAGACCCUAGAAGUAGUCUGAGUUGGACUUCGUACUGGAGUCUCUGGGAAGCAACAGAGGAGUUUUAAGAGGACCGUUAGAGAAGAAUGUAAGUAAGAGUAGAGGUGGUUAAGGGUCCAGUGCUUCGUUUCACUUCCCGCCAGUGCCACUGCCUACCUGCGUGACUUUGGGCAAGGCACUUCAACUUGGUUUGGCUGCUCUUGGACUUUGGCAUAUGGAAAUAACUAAUAAUACCAUAGACGGAGGAGAAAAAGGAGCUAAGAGAGAAAUGGCCUAAGUCUUUCCGUGAAGGUAAUUUUCUACGCCCGCGAGCCCGUGCGGGGAGACAAGCCCUACCACGUCAGCUUCCUCGCCUGGGAACCGGGGAAACCAGCGGAACGCAGGUGUGAGAGGGCCGGGUGCCGGAGGAGCCCGGCCACCGAGUACUGUACGGCAGCGGGGGAGCGCUUUGGCGGGGACACAGGGCCACUCCGAGGCUGCCGAGAUGCUCCCCUCUUUGCAGGAAUCGCUGGAUGGGGAUGAAAAGGAGCUAGAGAGCAGCGAGGAGGGUGGCGCCGCCGAGGAGCGGAGACUCGAGCCGCCGCCCAGCAGCCACUACUGUCUCUACAGCUACCGCGGAAGCAGGUUGGCACAGCAGCGAGGGGACAGUGAUGAUGGAAGCCCAAGUGGCACAAGUGCAGAAACUCCCUCUGGUGAGGAUUUCAGCCUCUCCUUGGUGGAUACUAAUCUACCCUCUGAAGUGGAGCCAGAGCUGCGCGGUUUCAUUGCUAAGCGUCUUUCGAAGGGAGCGGUCUUUGAAGGGCUGGGUAAUGUUGCAUCUGUGGAGCUGAGAAUUCCAGGUUACCGGGUCGGUUGUUAUUACUGCCUUUUCCAGCAAGAAAAACUGCUUCCUGAAAUAGCAACAAUGGACUCUGAAAACAGCCCUUCAGAGUAUGUCGUCUGUUUUUUAGGAGGGUCUGAAAAAGGACUUGAGCUUUUCAGGCUUGAAUUGGACAAGUACAUUCAAGGGCUGAAAAAUAACAUGAGCGGUGAGGAAAGGGGCCUGGAGAACCACAUAAAGUCCUACCUGAGCAGCUGGUUUGAGGAUGUUGUAUGCCCAAUCCAAAGGGUUGUUGUUCUCUUUCAGGAGAAGCUUACCUUUCUGCUGCAUGCUGCUCUGAGUUAUACUCCUGUUGAGGUUAAAGAAUCUGAUGAAAAAACAAAGAGAGACAUUAACAGAUUUCUGAGUGUGGCCAGUCUUCAAGGCCUUAUUCAUGAAGGUACCAUGACAUCUUUGUGCAUGGCCAUGACGGAGGAGCAGCACAAGUCUGUGAUCAUCGACUGCAGUGGCCCCCAGCCUCAGUUCUACAAUGCAGGAAGCAACCGGUUUUGUGAGGCCUGGAUGCAGGCGUUUUUGAAUGGUGCUGAAGGGGGUAACCCUUUUCUUUUUCGACAAGUAUUGGAGAACUUUAAACUAAAGGCCAUACAAGACACAAAUAAUUUGAAGAGAUUUAUCCGACAGGCAGAAAUGAAUCAUUAUGCUUUGUUUAAAUGUUACAUGUUCCUAAAGAACUGUGGUAGUGGAGACAUCCUUUUGAAGAUUGUUAAAGUGGAACAUGAAGAAAUGCCCGAAGCCAAAAAUGUGGUAGCUGUCCUCGAAGAAUUUAUGAAAGAAACUCUCGCUCAAAGUUUUUGAUCACAUGUUUUGAGAGGAUUCUAUUGUGAUGUUGUAUAUUCAAACCUUGGUGUUUGAAACUGCAGUUAUUAUUGUCAUAGGAUUGCUCUUUAAGAUGAUUUGAAACACAUUCUAGAUUUUUUCAUUUUGUACUUUUAAGAUUUAACUUAGACAUAAAAAUCUGAGGAAUGUCUUCACUGAGUCCUAGAUACACACGUGUUAGAGUUGUGGAAUUUUAGUACGUUGCUGGUCCCAUAGAUUCUAGACUUCAGGGAGUUGUUGCUUAAAAAACUUCAGAGGUAAUUUUGUGGCUUCUCUCAGGAGUUUGCUGCAGUAUUUAGCAACUUUUCCUCCCAGAAAAAUCAGAAUACUUCUUUCUCAAUGUACUAUAGCUUCUUUAAAAAAAUGUACUUCUAGUCUUAGCACCAUGACGCUAUUUCAAAGACAGAUCUGUGCAUCCUGUGGGUGCUUGAUAGAUUUUUCUGUCUGAUUGAUGAUGGCAUGGAUGAUGAAGCUGGCUUUUAAGUCAAUAUGCAAAUAAAUCAUGAGUGUGUAAGAAAUUAAAUGAGCUUUAAAAAUAGAUGCACUGGCUUCAAGAUAAAACACCAUCUCUGAUGGAAAGCUACUGCACAAGCAGCCUCCAUCACUUCUCUUCAUUCCUGUGUUCACGGGUCUUUGCCAAGAGCCUGUGUUUUCUUUUCUCUUUUAUAUGAAAUGCUGGAGUUUUUAAACAGAGUUAAAAAAAUAACAUAAAUUUUACAAGCAAACUGUAACAUAAAGAAUGCAAACAGAGAUUCUUCAUGUUAGAGUUACUCAUUGAUUUUAGUUUUUUGUAAUUUGUUACAAGCCUCAUAUUGUUUUACUCUGAAUCAAUUGAAAGUGCCCUCACCUAGAGCCAUUUGUAAUUCCCAUGGAAGCCAGUUGUAGCCACACACAGGACUGCAGUUGGUUCUGCAUAGCUCUUUAAUAAAUCCAUUUGAUAAUGAUUUCUGUUUAGAAGAUCAGAAGUCUUGUGUUCUCACUGCCCUCAGGAUGCUCAGAGGAACACAACCCGUAAAAAUCCUCUUCUAAACUCAUCUAAAUUCACAUUAAGUGCUGAGUUUUACCUUUCAAAAUGACUGACAAGGGCCUCCUGCUUUCUCUUCUACAGAAGUCUGGGGACGUGACUCACUAAGGCAUUUUUUCUUUUAAUGAGAAAUACAAUUCAGGAUCUUCAUAAAGGCUUUCAUGUGGUUUUAAACUUUAAUAACUUGGAUCGUAGGCAAUGUAGAAAAAAUAUCCAAGUUGCAUUUUUUUUAUAGCAUUAAAUUCAGAAUGAUAUGGGAAAUAAGCAAUUUUAUGGCACUACCCUUGAAUCCGACUUUAUCUAAUGUACUUGGUUGCCCACUUGGAAAUCAAUUUUUUUAAUAAACAACAUUAGGAUAUCAACAUUUUGAGUCUGGAAAACAUAUUUUUCAUCUCCAAAUUCACAUGUCAUUCAAGAGCCCAUUUUGUAAAUGGCACUUAAAAGCAAAUGUAAUACCUUCCUUAAGUCACUCAUGGACAUAGACAAGGUAUAAUUAUAUAUUCUUUAUAUGUACUUUUAUAUAUAUUUUUUGUAAUGUAGGCUCACUACAUUACAUGGCUAUAUACAAUACAGUCAUAUUUUAAAAGUCUGUGACAAACUGUCUAUCUCUGUAGACAAGGAAAAUGGUGACAUGGAAUUGAAUAUCUUGUUGGCCAUGAGAAGGAACUCAGAGCCUCAUGACCAUAAUAAACAUGUACUGUAUUCAAAUUUUAAUAAGCUAAUGUAUUAACUUUUAAAGUUUUAUAAAGGAUUUGUUCAGGUGUAGAAUACAUUUAUGUAUUAUUUCUGUGCUAUACACACAGAGGAAAUGUAUGUUUGUCAUGUAUCAAAAUGGUCUCAGUGUAUCUGUAAUUAUAUUUGUAAUAGUAAUAAUAAAACAACUUUGCUUCUCA